AAGGCAAAGAGAUUUGGGGGAAGAAACUGGGUGGCAGGGGAACCCGCAGUAUAUAUACCUCCGGCCAGGGUCCGGGUAACCCGCACUUCCCCCGCGAUGCCCUCGCCCUGUUGCCACCCCGCCACCGGAUUUUCGGUGCUGGAGCAACUAGCAGGCCCAGCCACGGCACACGACUAUCUGGCUUCCAGGAAAAUCUUUUUCCUUCCUCCCUUUUCCAUGUCGCCUCAGGCGCGGUUCUUUUUUGUUCUCACCACUUCUUCCAGUUUCGCACGCGUUCUUUCUACCAGCCAUGCGCCCGUGACUUACGUCAUCUGACACCCGUGCUCAUCUCAUCCCUCCCCAGGCAAAAUGGGGGGCCAGAAAAUUUUCAGUAUAUAACCUUAUCAGGAUUCUAUCUAGUCAGUGAUAAUUAAGCAUUUGCAAGGCAAACACAAAAGACCAACUAGACAUCCCAUAGAAUAAUACCCAAAAUGCCUUCCUUUACGAAAUCGAGAAGAUACUCUCCAAAGAACUUUGUUUCUCCAUCGGACAGAAAGAACUCGAGAACCAACCAGAAAUACAGAAAAUACUACCAACAACAACCCUCCAACUUGGUAUAUGUGGAAGAGCCAGACAGCGAUGCUGAGUCCACCUCCGAGUCCGAAUCCGACUCAGAGUCUUCUGACGAAGAAGUCUACGAGUUCAACUUGAACAACAACGCUGACGAACAAGACAUAGACGGUGAAAUCUACUUUGACGCCUUCUCCGACGAGGAGGACGAAGCCGACUUGUACAUUAUCGACAUGAACGACGAGUUGGAAAACGACGCUAUUGACAUGUUGGAAGCUGACGGCCAAGUCCACGACUUGAACGACCAGUUGAUCAGAUACUACGACUUCGAGUCUGAGUCUGAAGACUCCGAUGCUUCCGAACAAUCAGAAGACUCAGAAAUGGAAUCCGAAUCCGACUCUGAGCUUGAAAUCGAGCUUGAGUCCGCUUCCGACUCUUCUGAGUCCGAAUCCGACUCUGAAUCCGACUCCGACUCCGACUCAUCUGAGUCCGACUCCGAUGAAGAGAUGGAAGCUCAAGAUAUCUUGGAUAUUGUUGACUUGAACGACCAGUUACAAGCACAAGCCUUGAAGCAAAUCGCUGCUGGAAACUACGAAGAAUCAUCCGAAUCCGACUCCUCUGAAUCCGACUCUUCCGAAUCCGACUCUGAAUCCGACUCCAACGAGUCCGAAUCCGAGCUUAUCGAGUACUCCUCUAACCCUCGUGAGUUGAAGGAUCAAUUAGUGGUUGAAGCUAUCAGACAAGCAUUCGAAGAAGACUUAGUCAGUGAUGACGAAAUCAUCUUGUCUGAAGAUGAAGACUCAGAAUUAGGAUCUGAACCAGAAUACUUUGAAAUUGAAUCUGAUAUCGACCUUGAGUCCGAAGAUGACUACGAUGCUGGCAAUCCUGAACACUACGAGUUUGAUGACGACUCAUCCGACUCCGAUUCCGACUCUGAAGGUUACACUAUUUACAGACACAGAUUCGACUUACCAGAGCACGACAGCGACGACUAUUCCACUGAUGAAGAACUCGUUCCUUCCGAUGAAGAUGACCUCUAUAACGAAGUUGGCUUGUUGCGUGCUAACGAUUCUGAUGAUGAAGUUGAAAUUAUUGACUUGUCCAAGGACUUGGAAAACUCCAAGGACUGUGAGUUGGUUGAAUUGGAUGAAAGCACCUACAAGUUGACCUUGAGAUUCCCAUCCCUCAUCAAGGAAGAGUUGAAGAUUGAUUUCUUGAAGAACCAAAACGAAUUGAUCAUUAGAGGAAAGUUCAACUUCAACGAUAUUGAAGAAUCCGACGAUGAAUCUGGGGAUGAAUCUGAUGACGAACAAGAAGUUGUUGCUGAAGCUGUUCUCGUUGAAGCUGAUGAAGAUGAAGAGAAUGACCAAGACUACGAAGUCCAAGAAGAAGAAGAUGCUGAUGAACCAUUGGAAUUCUCUGGCUUCGAGGGUCAAGCUGAAAGUGACAAGGCUGAAAGGGACCCAUCUGGUUCCGAAUCCGAAUCCGAAUCUGACUCCGACUCCGAAUCCUCUUCUUCUGAAUCCGAUUCCGAGCUGUCUGACUCCGACUCUUCUGAUUCUGAGAGCGACUCUUCUGAUUCCGAAACUGAAGAAAUCCAAGAAGAUGCCGAGUCGCUUAUCAAGGAAUUCGCUAACCACGAAAUCAGCUUUGAGAAGCACUUCCAAUUCGACAAGAUAAUCAAGUUUGACCAAAUCAAGGCUUCUUUCGUUAACGACGAUGAAUUAGAACUCAUUAUUCCAAAUGAGUCUUCUCCAGUUAACAAGGCCGACAACAUCUACUCCAUUGCUAUUGCUGCUCAAUCUCAAGAAGACGAAUCCUCCACUGAGGAGAUCGAAGAGUCUGCAGCAAAGGAAGUUGAAGAUGUUGCCAUGGAGGCUUAAAAUAUGAAAUUCAAAAAUGAAAAAUGAAAAUGAAAAAUGAAAAUGAAAACUCCAAAACCACAAAAAAAGUCACUAGAACUUACCAUUUAGGUCUAACCUUGACGGUACCUUCAUCCUUGUAUUAUAUAGUAUUUAUCAAUUAAUAGAUUUCAGUUCACUUUGAACACUUGAGAAUAAC